CUCACCAGAAACUCUCAACCCCGCGACUCAACCCAUAGUGACGAAUCUCGAAGACCAAGUCAAGUACUUAUUCACGCCCUCUAUCAUGGCGAACCUUUCCAACCUCCCACCCGAACUCUUUCAGAUGGUUAUACACGAGCUUGUCAUCACUUCCAAAUCUCCUUCGGAUUCUUCGCACCCUUCUCCCCGCCCAAGAAUCGGUCAGCUUUGGAGAUUACGAGGCGUUUGUCGUAGCUUCGCUGCGGAAAUCGAACGCGAGGUCUUCUCUCAACAGCCAAGAGAGUUCUACCGCCACCGUAACGUUCGGCGCCUGGUCAGGGCGCACUUCUCGCGAUUCAUGUUGCAAGUUUCCCGGAAGCCAGGCAGUGUAAAUGAGAAAAUGUUUACACGGCUCCAACGUAUGGUUCAAUACAUUGCGAAACAGGUCGAGUAUGAAGACAAAGAGCAACGCAACGAAGUCAUGGACAAAACCUACAACGGCUUGAGUAAGAUCCUUCCGAUGGAUGAUGUAAUUCAUGCCUUGUGGUGUGAUAAUGUUGGGUGUCCGUACUGCCUCAAUUUCCUCGGUUCGAAGCUUCCCAAACGCCUUCCCUAUCACGAUAGGUUCUGCGCUGCCCUAGCCGCCGGCAAUCAUCGUCUUCUUUCCCAAAUUCUCCCAAAACUUGCUGGCUCACACAUAGAUCAGCUCAUCACUACGCAGCCUAUCUGGUUCGCAAUACAAAUGCGUGACUUGACAUCGCUCAACACCAUUCUCCGUUAUCUCGAGGCACAGCCCCCGUCAGCUCAAAUCUACCUUACGCGUACUUACGCAAGGUUCUCCAUCUCGAAGUGCAUUAGCAACACACUGUGGGAGAAAUAUCUUCCCGCAGCCCAGCUUCUGCUCGACUACUACGAGAAAAAUCUGCCGUGUCCUUCAAGCAAGACCUACAGCGGAUGGGUCGCCGAAGCAUCUGCAAAUUGCUCGCUCGAUCAGUUACAAGCCCUCAAGGCUGUCCUCCGCUUCAAUAGUGGUAGCACGAACUUGAUUGAACAUGACACACUUGCUGCUGUGUACGCCAAGGGUAACUCUGCAGCUAUUCAGGAGGUCCUCCAGCAUGUCGGAGAUAUCAACAAAGGAACAGUUAGGACAGCCCCUAUCUUCAUCGCUGUCCGAUCUGGACGUCCAAUCGCCAUACAGGCCUGUCUUCAGGCAGGCGCUGACGUCAACCUCUCCAUGCGGCCCAACAUGCGGGCGAUUGGCAGAACACACAUGACGCCUCUCGAAACCGCUGUCCAUCGACAUGACGUCUCGAUUGUGAGAACCCUUAUCGAAAAUGGCGCGACGAUUCCGCAUAUCUCAAAAUGGCCGACACAUGCUCGCACGUACCGCUUACUAUAUGAGGCUGCAUCAAAACUCACCGAUGUCGUACUCCCUGACCUGGAGCAUUUCAAAAGAUGUAACAAGAACGAUCUGAAGGCGUUGAAAUAUUAGAGAUUGCUAGAAUGUAGCACACCCUGGAAGAUGCGAUGUGGUGGCCUUGAGAAUCUAGAACAAGAGUCCCAGCGACUACCUAAGGUCCGUUUUUAAGGUAAGGUACAUAGUGAAUGCGGGCAGGAACUUAAGUAGAAAGCGUCAUCGAGGUAUUUACUGUGAAAGAAGCUGCAACAGUAGAUGCUAUGUUGAAAAUGUCCAUGUCCUACAAAUCUCGUUUAUACCAGAUCCAUUGUUCAACCAACAAAGAUUCGUCAGAUCUGUGCUGUAGCGCCUUAUGACUACGUACCUUCAUUCAUGUUUGCGAUUUGUUUGCGACAUUACCGCCAUACUUAGCUGCAGACUUCUGCCGUCCGUAGAAGAGCAACCGAGCCAGCAUUAGGAAAUCGGCAAUCGUUCAAAUCACCAGCGCUGCCACUUGUACUAUAGUAUGAAUACGACCUCUGCACACACAUGUGAAAAGAUC